CAUCAUCGCGGACGAACAUGACUUGGACUCUCUUGCAAAACUUGACUGCCACCUACCUUCCCCAGAAUGUAAGUUAGGUGACAUUGCAAAGAGGAGAUCAGCUUCCAACAAAUGUGACACGACUCCGCCAAAAGCACAAUGAUUGCGAUGUCGCCGGAAACAGACACGCCGUUACCACCCAUGGGGUUUAUCGCGGUAGAGUGCCACUUCACUCGACCAGCGGGUGAUGCGUUUAACGAGCGUACUUGGCCGUUCCCGCUGAUUCGAGAAAGAGCCCCGGGUUCCUUGGUGACUGAUUUGGUGACCAGGGAGGGUUACGAUGCAGGUUUUCUCGACAGAUUUGUCCAAACGGGUCAAAAGCUCGCCGAACAAGGCGCAGUGGGCAUCAUGACAAGCUGUGGCUUCCUAGCCAUGGCCCAGCCAGAGCUUGCAAAACGCUUACCUAUCCCCGUCGCGACGUCGGCGCUGCUCCAUAUUCCAUCGAUCCUGGCUUUCCUGCCGGCCGAUGCGUCUAUCGGCGUCCUCACUUUCGAUGACACGAAAUUGGGUCCUUUGCAUUUGUCGCAGCUCAGCAUCAGAGAUGUUGAUCGUGUGCAUAUCAUCGGCGCUCCCAAGGGCGGAAGUCUGCAGCGGCUGGUGUGCGACGACAUUGAGUAUUCGCAUGAGGAUAUUGAGAAAGAGCUCGUCGAGGCCGCGUUGGAAAUCGCCCAGCGUCACCCGGAGACAAGGGCAAUAUUGCUCGAAUGUACACAGAUGGCCCCUUUUGCUGUGGCGAUCCAGCAAGCAGUCGAGUGGCCGGUGUACGACGUAUAUACCAUGGGCUGUUGGUUCUACUCGGGUCUGUCACGGCACCGUCCGCAAGCCUGGGGACCUAUCGGUUCAGAUAAGACACGAGGCUAGCCUGUCAUUUAUUUAUUUAUUA